UUUGGAGCCCGUGAGGAGCUGCCAGAGGAAUCACUGAUGUUUUCAUUUCAGCUUUGUCAGAUCUGAUUUGGCUUUAAUUCCCAUUUCUCCAAGAUGAUCCCGCCCCCCCGUGUGACUUCAGGAGCGUGACGCGUGUGCCGGAGUCGGUGUCACCCCGCGGCCGAGAUGGUGGCAUUCAACUGGAAGGCUCUGGAGAAUUUCCCAUUGCUGAUGUACAUUUUGGCAGCUAAAACAUUGAUCCUCUGCUUGGCGUUUGCUGGGGUGAAAAUGUACCAGAGCAAAAAAAUUGAGGAAAAACUGAAGAGGGAACGGGAAGAGAAGCUGAAAGGAGAAGCAGAGAAGAAGGAGGAUUGAAGAGUCCCUCAGAAUUCCUGACACUUGGCAGCUCGUGCUGGAUUCCUUUCCCAGGAGGGUGAAGCCUUCCUGGAGAUGAAGGAUGUGUCAGAGGAAUAAAACCCUGGAGAGAAACAUCCACUUCAGCUGGAUCUCCGUUUUUUCCGUGGACAGAGAAGGAUUUCAGCCUCUAUUUGUGCAAUAAAAAACCCCUUUGUUAAAAAUAAAAAUAAAGCCCUGG